CCCUAGAAGAUUCCCCAUCCUAUUUCUUUAAGUUCUUUCCCUUUCUCGCAAUUUCAUCUCUCUGCCCUUUGAUGAUCUCUAGGAUUUUUUAUUUUAUUUUAGUAGAUCUUCUCUUUCUAUCUCGAGUUUGGGCCAAUGAGACGCUACGAUUCAAAUCCCUUUGACGAAGAGGAUGUCAAUCCCUUUGCAGAUCAAUCGAAGGGGAAAGGAUCAGGUGGUGGAGGUGCCUUCUAUAUGCCGAAUCCAGGUGUUGGUUCCUCAACAUCAAAGCUUUCACCUCUCCCCCCAGAACGUUAUGAUCGCAGUGCAACAAUCGAUAUUCCACUAGAUAAUGCAAAAGAUUUAAAAGCCAAGGAGAAGGAACUCCAAGCGAAAGAGGCUGAAUUAAAGAAGAGAGAGCAGGAAUUAAAACGUAGAGAAGAUGCUAUAGCACGAGCCGGAAUAGUAAUUGAAGAGAACAACUUCCCACCAUUUUUUCCUCUUAUCCAUCAUGACAUUGCAAAUGAAAUACCCAUCCAUCUACAAAGGAUACAAUAUGUCGCUUUCACCACUUUGUUGGGUCUAGUAUUGUCUCUUUUGUGGAAUGUUGUUGCAGUUACCAUGGCGUGGAUUAAGGGAGAAGGAUUAACCAUUUGGCUUCUCUCUAUUAUUUACUUAAUAUCCGGGGUUCCAGGGGCCUAUGUUUUGUGGUAUCGACCCCUCUAUCGAGCAAUGAGGACUGAUAGCGCUUUGAAAUUCGGGUGGUUUUUUCUAACAUACAUGUUCCACAUUGGUUUUUGCGUCUUAGCAGCUGUUGCACCGCCAAUUAUCUUCAAGGGGAAGUCUCUUGCAGGGAUUUUGCCUGCCAUUGAUCUUCUAAGCACCAAACCUUUAGUGGGGAUAUUCUACUUCAUUGGAUUUGCAUUUUUCACAGUUGAAUCCCUUCUCAGCAUCUGGGUUAUUCAGCAAGUCUACAUGUACUUUAGAGGCAGUGGGAAAGCUGCAGAGAUGAAACGACAAGCCAUGUUGGCUGCAUUAUGAUGUUGGACCUGACCUAUCUCGCAUGAAGAUACUCCAUUCUUCGUCAACAACUUUGAUGCUCUUGCAUUUUUUGGCUUCUUUUGCAAGGAAGUGUGCAUAUUGGCGAUGGUAUAUAUAUCUUUUACCAUAGUAUUCAUCAAGGAGCGAUAUCGUAGAGACUAAAUAAUUGGAUUGAGAGUACCAUUAUAGGGUUUUGCAGGUUGUGAGGGAAGCAUAUUCGAGUAUGAGGUGUUUCAUUUGUAUGGAAUUUUUUUUGUACAUUGUAGCUCUAUUAUUAUUGAUCCUUAUAGUGCUGGUUGAAGAUUGCGACAAUUGUUUGUAGCUAGUGUAGAGCAUGAAAUUCCUAUGG